AUGACAUCCAAGCAUCCAUAUGUAUACAUGGCCGAUCAACAAAUCAAUCCUUUACUUAUUUGUUCUAUAUGUCAAAAUCCAUUUGUAGAUCCAGUCACAAGUGAAGAUCAUAGACGAGGUUGUCGAGCUUGUUUCACGGAAUAUUUAUCAUCUCAAUCGGUGGCAGUAACUCCAAUUCAAGAAUGGAUUGUACUAGAAAUGCUCAAUAGUCUUCUUGUAGAAUGUACCAAAUGUAACGAAAACAAUAUCCGACGAGGUGAUCUAAAACAACAUGAAGAAAAGUCAUGUAGACGAGCCUUUGUACUUUGCAAAGCUGCCGAUAUAAAAUGUCCAUGGCAAGGUGUACGUGAAGAAUUAGAUACACAUGUGAAACAAUGUGUUUUUGAACCAUUAAGACCAGUACUGGCUGAAAUAAUUAUGGAAAAUAAACAACUUAAAGAAAAAAUAGAUCGAUUAGAAAUAUUAAUUAAAAAAUUCACCGAAAGGAAUUAA